UUCCGACGAGUGUAGAGAGAUUCAAAACUGAUUAGGGUUUAUUAUUUCUCCGCAGAGAGAGAGAGACGGGAAGAAACUUUUACUGCUCCUACUCGCUCGCGCUACUGCUUUCUCUUUCCCUCUGCGAUUUUUCUCUCUUGCGAUUUGGAACCGUGCGAUAAUGGCGGCGAACAUGGCGAGGUCGUUCCUUCAAGUUGCAGCAACCGAAGAAGUUGCUUCUCCUCUCCGAGUUGUUCAGAUCGAAGGAUUGGCUAUAUUAAAGAUAAUCAAGCAUUGCAAGGAGUUUUCACCCGCUCUAGUCACAGGUCAACUUCUUGGAUUGGAUGUUGGCAGUGUUCUUGAAGUUACUAAUUGUUUCCCUUUUCCGAUUCGGGAAGAGGAUGAGGAGAUUGAAGCAGAAGGUGCUAAUUACCAGCUUGAGAUGAUGAGAUGUUUGAGAGAGGUUAACGUUGACAACAACACUGUUGGAUGGUAUCAGUCUACUCUUUUUGGUUCUUAUCAAACAGUAGAACUAAUUGAGACCUUCAUGAACUACCAGGAAAAUAUUAAGCGGUGUGUCUGCAUAAUUUAUGAUCCGUCAAGGUCCAACCAAGGUGUCUUAGCACUAAAGGCAUUGAAGCUUUCUGAUGCGUUUAUGGAACUUCAUCGCAAAAAGAACUUUACAGGAGAGACGUUGAGGGAGAAGAACUUGUCCUGGGUUGAUAUAUUUGAGGAAAUACCUAUUAAAGUCUCAAAUUCUGCCCUGAUAAGUGCCUUCAUGACUGAACUGGAAGCUGAUACCCCUGUUACCCAGUGUGACUAUGAUCGUUUGCAAUUAUCAACUGGCCCAUUUAUGGAGAGGAAUAUGGAAUUUUUGAUCGAAUGCAUGGAUGAUUUGUCAAUGGAGCAGCAAAAGUUUCAAUUCUACUAUCGAAGCUUGUCACGCCAACAAUCCCAACAGCAAGCAUGGCUGCAGAAGAGAAGGGCUGAGAAUGCUGCAAGGAAGGCUUCCGGUGAAGAUCUUUUGCCUGAGGAGGAUCCUGCAAAUCCUAUUUUCAAGCCUCUUCCUGAGCCAUCUCGGUUGGAGAGUUUCCUUGUUACUAAUCAAAUCUCCAACUACUGCAACCAGAUUAAUGGGGUUGCUGGCCAAAGCUUUAACAGAUUGUAUUUGAUGAAGGCAUUGCACGAAGAGUAAUGCAACAUGGAUUGGUCAAUGUCGUUUUUGGUCGAGAAUUGAUCCAACUAGAAUAUCACAAGUAGGAGUGUUUUUUUUAAUAUCAUGCACCGGUCGGUAUUGUGAUGGAGGAUAAUGGUUACUAUGUAAUUGUUUAUGCUUAUUUUCGUUAUAAUUAUUCUGUCAUACGAGUCUUAAAUUUUGAGAAUUAUUUUCCUGGUUUAGGGAAGCCAUUUUUUUUGUAAUGAAAUUGCUGCUGUUUUUCCUCUA